AUGGAGGGCGCUGCACACGCAGGCCGCGCACGCGCAGCGGCCUUCAAGAAUAGAGCAGCUAGUGGGCCCACCACCAUCCCUGCGACCAAUCUCGCGUAUGUGCAGUACACAGCGUCGAUCGGAGUUGGCUCCCCCGCGACCUACUACAACCUCGUGGUGGACACGGGUAGUUCGAACACGUUUGUUGGCACCGGCAAGAAGUACGUGCGCACGAAGACGAGCAUUCCGACGAACCAGGAAGUGAAUGUCACGUAUGGCACGGGCUUCUUCUCUGGAUACGAAUACAUUGAUCAAGUCACGAUUGCACCCGACUUGGUUAUCAAGGGCCAGUCCAUUGGCGACGCCCUCGAAUACGCUGAUUUUGAGGGUGUAGACGGGAUCAUCGGCGUCGGUCCUGUGGAUCUGACGUUGGGCACGCUCUAUCCAGAUGAGAAUGCUGAGAUCCCCACAGUAAUGAACAACGCAUUACAGCAAGGCCUCAUUCCAGAGCAGGUCCUUGGCGUGUCCUUUGCCCCGGCCGACACUUAUAGUGACACUAACGGCGUGCUUACCUUCGGUGGGAUCGACUCAUCUCUGUACAUCGGCGAGAUCACAUACACACCGGUCACCACGACGUACCCCUCCAACUACUACUGGGGCGUGAACGUGACUGGAGCAAGCUAUGGCGCCACGCCAGUAAUCCCCGACUCGUAUGCCGGCAUCGUAGACACUGGGACAACGUUGAUCUACAUCGCCGACAACUGGUACCAGACAUACCAGGACUCGAUCCCCGGGGCGUACUACGACGAGAAUUUCGGCAUGAUUGUCAUCCCGCCGGCGUCCGUCCCGCUGCUACAGCCGUUCACGUUCUACAUCGGCCGCAGCGCAUUCACGCUCGACGCUACGGCGCAGCUGCUCCCCACAGACCAGAACGCGGCGUGGGGCGGCGCGUCGGGAGUGCAGUACGGGUACAUCGGGCCGAUCGGCGCGGACAGCGGGACGGGCUUGGACUUUAUUAUCGGACAGAAGUUCAUGGAGCGGUUCUAUGCGGUGUUUGAUACGGCAAACGAGCGUGUCGGAUUCGCGUAUACGUGA